AUGCCGAGGGGCGUGAAAAUUACUCCAUGCAUGGCUGUCUGUCUUGUGUCCGGUGUCCGUCUGCGCGCCCUAAAUACCCAGCAGACUCGAGCCCAUUUCACCAUCUCGGCACCAAAUUGCAAACUAAAACUUGCGCACAACAAGAAGAAGGCUGAAGAGGACUUGAAGGCGGUCAUCGCCCAGUUCGACGUGCAGCCGUCCGAGCCUGCACCGGCGCCAGCGCCAGUGCUCAACGUGGACCCGGUGGAACCCGCAUCCAAGAGGAAGAAGCUUUCGAGAUUGGAGGAACGGCGCGCGGCACGUGUGGCGGCAGCCAGCGAUGGUGGUGCGAGCGGUUCGGUCCAGGCUCAGGGUUCCGCCACGAACCGGCGCGUGCUGAUCGAGCGAGAGGUAUUGGUGUACUUGGCGGAGACGGAACAGGUGGAGGUGGAUGACUUCAACGUCCUGGGGUUUUGGAAUCGGCGGGGCACUGACAGCGUAUGCUCGACGACUGGCAACGUCACAUCCCCGGCAGAAAUGCCCUACCUAGCGUUCAUCGCUCGGUUGUUCCUCGGGAUCGAGGCGAGCAGCUGUCAGGCCGAGCGGAACUUCUCGGCGCUCAGCCACCUGAUCGGCCACCUGCGCUGCAACAUGCUCUCACGGAAGGUUGAGCGCAUGAUGUUGAUUCGGCUCAACAGGCACUUGGUGGACGAGGUCCGCGAAUUGGACGCUGCUGUUUCCCUGGCACGAGCUAAGGCAGCCAAAAGCGCACAGAAAUCAGUGGCCUGUCAAGAGGAGAGGGCGAACAAGUCGAUUGACCUUAGCUUGUAGACGAGGGUACCCAAGUGCACUGUAGUCUGGGUUAGACUAUGCAGGGUGAGAAUUGAUUGAUCUUAGCGUUUUAGAUGCUAUCACGAAUUGCCAUGUGAAGUGUUGACUUCAAUCUGUUGUCGUUCUACAACAAGUUAUGCUUCUGUUUCCCGUGGCAUUCGACGGAUCGCGUUUUGGCGCACUCUUCUCUUUUUGCAUUUUCUUUCUUCUUUAGGUUGCCUUUCGUUUGUCCAUGAACAGCUCGAUUUGACCAUGGGUAUGCAUCGCAUCGUGAAAUCACGAAAUCAUAUGGGAGAUGCAGGCUCUCAAGCGUACAUACAAGAGACAAAAAGCGACCCAUCCUGAAAGAGAGGAAAGAGGUUCGCCGGUUGAUGGGGCGCCAAGGGCACCGAAAUGUAGUUUGGCAUCGCCAUAUUUUAUAUUUUAUAUUUUAUAUUUUGAUAUUCUGGUCUACUCGCAACCCUCGAAGGCGGUGCCGCCAUAUUUCAGUACCGCCACCAAAAAACCGCCAUAUUUGGCAGUACCGGGAACCGCCGGAGACGGUACCGCCAUAUUUCAGUACCGCCAGAAAAAUACCGCCGAAAAAACGAAGUACCGGGAACCGCAAAAAAAAUACC